AUGACAGUGAAAAGAAGCAAAAAAUUUAAAACAGAACCAGGAAAGUCAGUCUGCGUGGAAGAUAUUUCUAUAAAAGCCAAUAAUAUAAAGAAAACAAAUGUGACAAAUAAGAAUAAAAAACCUAUUAAUACGGAUGAAGACAUUGUGAUACCGAUGUUAAAUGAAAACACAGAAGAAAAGAUAAAGACAGACGAAGAAAUAGAGACGUAUAUAUUGCAUGAAGAAACAGAGCAAAUAGUAAAAAAGAAUCCCACAAAAAUCACGUUGAAAUUCUUAAGAAAAAUGAAAAAUGCCAAAGGCAAGAAAUUUGCGUUCACGUACCCAAAUGUAGAAGACACUUGUGAAAUGAUGCACUUAAAUGACAUAAUUCUAGUGUUGCCUCAACCAAAUAUUUCGCGGAGGGGUCAGAUAAUAUUUGAUAUAAAUUUUAGUGAAUAUAAUGUGCAAUAA